UAAAUGUGUUGGAUUCUGUUGGGGACUGGAGUCAGCGUGAUUAGUGAGAGACACACUGCCUUGGAUUUUUAAACAAUUCUAAGGAAAGUUCAUUGUCAACAAGAACAUCCAGGAGGCAGAUAGCUCCGGGUUAAUGUGGAGUCAUAGGUCGUAACCGCCCCCCCUAUCAGCCAUGAGCAGCAAACCCCAACCCCCUCUGAUGAAGAAGCACAGCCAGACAGAUCUGGUGAGCCGGCUGAAGACCAGGAAGAUACUGGGCGUCGGAGGAGAGGACGAUGACGGUGAGAUACACAGGUCAAAGAUCAGUCAGAUGCUGGGAAAUCAGAUGAGGUUUGGCGUACGAGAGCCAAUAGGCCUCAGGAUAUGGAUUCUCAUGUCUGCUGUUCUGUUCACAACCAUAGCCUUAAUAGCUCUAGUGUUCCCCAGUCAGCUCUAUGAGUUUGUGUUUGAGCUCAGGACCACCAGGAUCUCCAUCAGACUCUAUGGAGGAGCACUACUCAGUGUCUCAUUGAUCAUGUGGAAAGGUCUGUACACGGCAGAGAAAGCCAUUAUCCAGUGGACCCUGCUCUCCGAGGCCUGCCUCCUGUCUGUCCAGUUCCUGGUGACCAUCAUCACACUGGUGGAGCUGGGUCUGAUGUCAAACUCUGCCAUCCUCCUCCUCCUCAGUGAAGUCCUCUUCCUCAUCAUCACACUCCUCUACUACUACCACCUGGGUCGCAGGACCAAGAAGACCCAGAACCAUACACACAGCUCUGAUUAGACCCAGAACCAUACACACAGCUCUGAUUAGACCCUGAACCAUACACACAGCUCUGAUUAGACCCAGAACCAUACACACAGCUCUGAUUAGACCCAGAACCAUACACACAGCUCUGAUUAGACCCAGAACCAUACACAUAGCUCUGAUUAGACCCAGAACCAUACACAUAGUUCUGAUUAGACCCAGAACCAUACACACAGCUCUGAUUAGACCCAGAACCAUACACACAGCUCUGAUUAGACCCAGAACCAUACACAUAGUUCUGAUUAGACCCAGAACCAUACACACAGCUCUGAUUAGACCCAGAACCAUACACACAGCUCUGAUUAGACCCAGAACCAUACACACAGCUCUGAUUAGACC